GAAUGCGUAGCCCAGCCUAGAAAAAUGGAGGGCUUAAACCCAACCGCUUAGUGGGAAACAAUCCCGGAGCGAAGGGUUUUACAGGGACAAUCAGAAACCCCGAUUGAGAAAUUGAGAGACACUGUGAUCCAUUUUUCUCAGAAUGAAGCUCCUCUUCCGAUCUAUCACUGGGCAGCAUAGGUCAGUGGCUCGAGAGCUGGGACGUCGGUACUUCGCGGCGUCCACAGAAGAAUACGCCAAGCGAAACUACGCAAAUAAUGUUUCCGAGUACAACACCGUUGUCGGCUCCCUCACUGCCCAAAGAAGGCAUUUCUUGUUGAGGGAUGUUUACGAUGAUAUGAUGCUGGACGGAGUGCAGCCCACUAGGGACGUGUUCCAUUCACUGAUAGUGGGGACCAUGAAAGGCGCCCGCUUGCAGGACGGCUUUUACUUCAAGGACCAAAUGAAAGUCAUGGGUUUGCUUCCUGAUGUUAAUUUAUUCAACAUUUUGAUCUCGUUAUGCGGGAAAUGCAAAAACUCUGACCAGGCAAUCCAGAUUUUGGAAGAAAUGAAGAAAUCUGAAGUGAAGCCUAAUGCCCAAACUUUUGUCUGUCUACUCAAUGCAUGUGCAGCAGCAGGCCGUUUAGAUCGAGUGUAUGCAAUUGUCCGUGAUAUGACUGCUGCCGGUGUUGGGUUGAACAAGUUUUGCUAUGCGGGACUUAUAGCUGCACACAAGAACAAGACGCCUGUAGCAGAUGAUUUUGCCACCAAAGUCAUUGAAUUUGUUGAUAGGUCCAAGGAGUUUCUACCAGUUGAUACAACAAGUGUAACUGCUGAAAAUUUGAUGAUGGGUGUUUCAGAAGAAGAGCUGUAUAAUCUACCCACUGCCGAAUAUGUUAACAGGCGUGGAACUUUUUUAAAUAGGGAACUGACUGUUUAUCAUGUUGCACUUCAUGGCUGUGCAGACCUCAGGAAUGUAGAGGUGAUGGAAGCGUUGUUGGAAAUGCUAAAGAACAAUGGAAAAACUCCUGAUGUCUUCAUCAUAAUGCAAACUAUGAGGUGCUAUUUACAUUCAGGGGACAUUGAUCACGGUCUUAAAACUUUUGAGGACUACAUGAAUUCAGGGAAGCCUCCGGCAGUGGAACUAUAUGUGACACUUGUGGAGGGAGCCAUGGUUGGGCAUACUCCCAAGGGAAUGCAACUUGCUCAAGACGCUCUGGUAAAUAUGAAUUCCAGGGGCUUCUUCUUGAGCCCAAAAAUUGGGAGUGAUCUCCUCCUCUCAGCGUCUGGAGAAAAGACUGGUGGAUAUACUACUGCCAACUAUAUAUGGGAUCUGAUGCAAGCUCGCAAAGUGACUCCCUCACUUCCUGCUGUGGAAGCGUAUUACAAGGGCUUGAAAGACCGCGAGAUACCAGAAGAUGAUCCACGACUGUUACUGGUUUCUCGGACUUACGACAACCUUCGAGUGAGAUUUGGAACCGGACCCGGAAGACCUUAGUUGGAUGAUAAGGAAAGAUUUUGCAUUUUUUUUUUUUUAAUUGUACCCAACAUUAUUAGGUAUUGAAGCUGGAUAUUUGGUUUCAAAGAUUAGUACUGGCUUAAUCUUUUGUGUAAUAAAGUUCAUGUUGAAUUGGUAGGCAUGUGUGAUUCAUAAUGCUCACUGAAACUGAAAGUGUUCUCAGCUU